AUGCCAUCAGCAUUCGCGGUGCGGGAUGGAGGUGACGCCAAGUCCAAAAAACAAAGCAUGGCAGAUCUUAAACUUAGGCGACUCCAAGAGCUCAACUCCCGUCUCAAAGAAGAUCUGGACAGGCCUCGUGUAAAGGUUGCCGAAGCGUCCCUGAGCUUGAUCAACUACUGCAAUUCAACGCGAGACUACAUGGUACCUUCGGUCUGGGGACAGGUGGAUAAGAAAGAAGAUCCUUACAACCCACAAAGUGGAGGCAGUGAUGGCUGUUGCACAGUCAUGUAA